GUAGCUGGGAUACAUUCAGUUUACACGGUCAACACUGCUGAUGAGGGGAAAGAUUGAAGGCCCCGUUUCACCAUGUUUUUCGAUGUAGCAGAACAUUAAGGAACGUAUCCUGAUGUCACCAUGCCUGUGUCUCUUGGUGAAUGGCGUGUCAGGAUUGGCACGUUCAUGCGACGUCGUAGGAAAGAAUACGACUACCACUACUUUUGGAGGAAACUUCACAACUUAAUGAAAAAAGCCAAGAAUGCUGAGCCACCCAAAGAAAACAACAAUCCUGAGUGUAACAUAUCUCGCACUGGCUCUUCUCCUGAUGCGAAUAGAUCUCCAAGCAACACGACCGGUCAGUCUGCAUCUUCUUACAAUGUCAACCUUAAUACCGCUCAAACAGGGCCUUCACGUGACGUCAACAAUGGCAAAGGUAACGCCAGCUCACCGACUCUCUCACAAUCUGACGGCCCAGAGUGUGAUGUCAGUGAGAGUGGAUUCCCACGCGAUGUAAACAACCCCGGUCAUAACGAUGUCUCUCACUCUGAGUCUUCAUGUGCUCAAAACAGUGGUUUUUCAAUUGAAAAAGAGACCAACCCUGUCCCUGGUAUCACGGUCGUGACAUUUCCAGUUCCCCAACCCUGUGUAGAAGACGAAUUGGACAAUAAAGACAUCGCCAUUAAUCUCAUGUCACAUGAAUACACCCCGAAAUCCGCUCAAAUAAGUAAAACAGACAAACCUGAAGUUGACACAUCAGAGUCGCACUCACAUGUACCUGCAGACGUUCGUGGCGAGACAGAUCGUAUCAAUCGAGACAAGGAGGAAACAUCAGACUCUGCACCGUCGGGGAUAGAAGACCAAUCAUUGGACCUAUCACCUAAACACAGGAUAGAUGCAACGAAUAAUACCGACCAAAGAACAUCAUCCAUCAAGGAAGUAGCGGAGUAUCAUGAUUCCCCGAUCUAUCCGGUCCUCGGAUCAGGAACAACCAGUGGUGAAGCAGAUGAAACUAAAGGGAAUGACUGUCCAGACAUGACCAACAUACUUCUAUUGAGAUCCGGUGAUGUAGAACAAAACCCUGGCCCAAAUGAUAAACCUGGGAACCUGACCGACCUCGAACUAUAUCUCCUUGCUGACAGUAUGGAUCCAUCAGAUUUUAGGAAGGUCGGACUAGCUUUAGGAUUCAAUGAGGCUGAACUAAGUCGGUUUGAGAAAGAUCAGAUGGGCAACACUCUGUAUGCUAUCUAUAAGAUGCUUUACGAAUGGCGGAAGAGAGUAUGUGAUAGCGAGGCGAGGGAGGCGUUGGUGGUCACGUUACACCGAAUUAAGCUGGUACAGCUUGCUGAUAGCGUACAGAAAGGUCAGGUUGGUGAUCACAUACCGUCCCUGACAGAGAAGGAAAUCCAACGGGUUGCUGAAGAGGUCAAACACUAUUUGGCAAUUCAUCUAUGCCAGAUUCAAGCCGAUCCACUGAACAGUGAACUUGUACUUGAAUUCAAACGUAUCUUCACCAAUCUAACGUUGAUGGAAGAAGACAAAGGUACAAAACGCAAGACACCGCUUCUCUACGAUAACCUCCUCAGGACCAAAGUCAACGGAACCUAUCCCAAACGGUUGUUGGUAGAAGGUGAAGGUGGUGUAGGAAAGACCACUUUUUGCGCCAAGAUCGCUUGGGAUUGGAUCCACGGAAAAGCCUACCAAGAUUUCAAACUGGUUCUUGUCAUCCUCCUUCGCAAGACAGAGGGCAAUACUGUUGGAGAGAUAGUGAAGUCGUAUCUUUCUGACAACAAUCCCGUCUCAGCCAAACAGCUAGACAAGCACAUCCUCUCAAAUCCGGAUGACGUUUUUCUUGUUUUGGACGGCCUAGAUGAGUUUGCUGUCGAUCUUGACAGCAAUCAGCAAAUCGCCCUGAUCACUCUCAAUCAUCUGUUCAAGUCAGGGACAGUACUAAUCACAUCGAGGCAAUGGAGAUCAGAUGAGAUUAGGAAGAAUGCCGAUCUCAGAAAGGUGUUUGCUUUCAUUGCUGUAGAAGGUUUCUCAGCUGAAAACCUCUCUUCUUACAUCACCAAGUUCUUUCAUCCAGAUGCAGCUUCCUCUGAAGAUCUGAACCGAUUCAUAUCGAACAACGAUGUGAUCAGAGAGAACAUAGCUCCCUACCCCAUAUACACAGCCAUGCUGUGUAUCAUGUGA